AUGCGGGUAACAGGACAAUUAGUUUUGAGUUCAACGUUCAAAAAUCGUUUACUUGCUGAAUUUGUUUUGCAAGGAACUGAUAAUUCAUUGGUAUUUUCAACUGAGAGCGAAAGUAUUUUUGAAAAAAUUGAGAAAGGAUCACAGCUUGAGUUAGAAUAUGAAUCUGAGGAUGUGAUGGAGGAGAGUUCAUCAGAGGAAACCUAUCUAGAUAAUAUAAACGAUUUUGAUGUGGUCGAAGUAAUUUCCUGUGAUACAGAAAGCGAUGGCGAACACAAUGAGAGCCACAGCUUGCUUCCAAGCACAAGUAAUAUUGGAAUUAAGAUUGAAGUAUCCAACAUAAAGACCGAAACGAUAAAAGAAGAGAACGAAAAUGAAUUUUUGUCCAUAGAUCAGGAGAAAGAGGACUUUGAUUCUUGGAAUGGAGACUUGGAUUUGUCAAAUGUAAUGAACGAACAUAACUAUACAACACAAAAUCAUACUGACAAAUUAAAUUCAAGUAACAAUAUGGCUGAUGUACAAGUUAAUGAUUUUGUGGAAUAUAUAAUGGAUCGGAUAAAUUCAUUUCAGACUGAACGUAAUAAAGAGCUCGAAAAAAUUUUAACAGAACGACGAGAUUUGUUUGUACAAAGUAUUAUGGAUGCAGUAGAUGAGGAAGAUCGCAAUGAAUUUGGAAACUAUAACAGUGAAACGUCUCGAAAGAUUGUGGAAAAAGAACACACUAAAUCACCUAAGGUCAAAACGGUAGAAGCUGGUACAAACACAAUUGACACGGAUAAAAUUGAUAUUGACAAAAAAAUACAGGAUCCUUUACCUACAACAGAAGUUAAACCAUUAGGUGAAGACAAAUACACGGAAACUGAUGGAGACUACAUACUAGAAAAAUUGAUGGAAACAUCUAAGAUUUUAGAAAGUUCGAAACCCGUUCAAUGUGAUAAGGAAACUCAAUCAGAAAUAAUAAGUGAGUCACCUAAAAUAAAUUGUUCUGAACCCAUGGAGUAUUUAGAGGCGUUCGAUUGGAAUGAACCUAAUGAAGAGUCAUUGACUGAAGAAGAAUCAAACUUAAAGAAAUUAGCCACUUUGGCUAAAAACAUGUAUGAUCGGUGCAUAUCAUUAAAGCAGGAAAAGGAAAAAGAUGGUUUUAAUGUUAAAGAUUUAAUAAAGGAACAAUUUUAUAAGCUUAAAGAAUUGGCUCAGUAUAAUUUUGAUAAUGUUGAAAAAUCUACACAAACAGAACCAAACAUGUCCAGGCGUAAAUUAAAAAAAUUGAAAAGAAAGUUGUUAGCUUCAUCAGGGUCUUCUUCUGAAUCAUCAAGUGACGAAUCGAUGUUGGAUUUCAUAAAAGAAAACAAUACCGAAAAUAUUAGGAAAAAUCAUGUGCAUAGUUCAAUUGAAGACUUUAAAAGAUUGGAUGACUAUAACGAUACGUCAAAUUUGAACAUUACGUCUAGUCAGAAGAAAAAAACAAACAGCUAUUUAAGUAACGAAAGUUUGAAUAAAGAAAAGCAAGAAGUGGAACCGGCAGAGCGUAAGGAUAGUCAAGUGUCGAGCAAGAGUAAUGAGAAAGGCGCACAAGAGACUAAGAAAGUAGACAAUAAGGUGGAUAAGAACAGUGAGAUUGAAAAAUUACUGAAUUUGGAUAACAUCAGAAAGCGUCCUCAGCAAAAUUUGAAAACGAAACCGAAGAAAAUAAAAGAGAAACCAUUGAAAUCAAAGAGUCAUGUUUUAGACUUUUUAGAUAAUGAUUUAUCGAAAAUAUCUGUUAGCGAUGAAAGUAAUUCUGAAGAUGACAGUGAAGAGAAAUUAACUGAAAAGCAAUAUCUAGUGCGGUACAAUGAAAAAUUAAAGAAUCAGUUUUUGAAUGAAUCAAGUGAUGAUGAUGAGGAAUUGGAUAGCACUGCAAAUGACUUAUUGGAAAAUUUAUCUAAUAUUGAUGGUGGGCAUUCUCCAUUAAUAGAUAAAUUCUUAGAAACGUUUAAUGCUGAUAGUGAAUUUGAUGAAAUCGACGAAGACAAAGUUGAAGAAGAUAAUAUUGAUACUGACAUUGCAGAGUCUAAUGCUAAUAAAUCAGAAAUUUCAGUAACUUCUGUGAAAAAUACUACGCCUGAGAAUAACUCAGAUUGUGAACUUUUGAAUUGUAGUCUACCAGAAGAGAAGCGUACACAAAAUAAAUCACUUGAAAAGUUAAUUAAGGAGGCUGAUCGGCGUAAAAAAUUGAAAAAAAUUGAUGAAGAUCUAAUAAGUUUGAGUUCUGAUUCUAGCAGUUUAAUUGAUAAUGUAGUGGAAGUUGAAGGCACUUCACGUAUUAUUAAGCCGAUGCUUAGGCAAGAUCAGUUGGCAAUUGAAACACGAAAAGCUCAAAAACGGGAAAACGAACGUAUACGUAGACUAGAGAAGAAUAAGGCAAUAAUGGAGAAGGCAAUCAAGAAACGCGAAAAAUCUAAUAAAUGUUCAACAGAUUUAAUAUUAGAUUAUUUAGAAGAGACUGACACAUUUGUGAAGGUGCAUCCAGAAAUUGUGAAAAAUCUUAAACCGCAUCAAAUUGAAGGUAUAAAAUUUAUGUAUGACACUGUGUACGGCGGGAUUGAGAGGAACAAAAAAAAUUCUGGUUCAGGUUGUAUUUUAGCACAUUGCAUGGGCCUAGGAAAAACUUUGCAGUUAAUUGCCCUCUUGCACACUCUUAUAUCAUAUAAGGAAUUACAAACAAGAAAAAUACUUGUUUUAUGUCCGAAAAGUACAGUCAUGAAUUGGGAUGAUGAACUGAAGCGUUGGCUAUUACGCCCAUUAAAUGCAAAGAAUUUGAAGGUGUUCAAAUUCAAUGAUCAAUCCGAUAUUUGUGAAAAGAUCAACAUUAUAAAGGAAUGGUCUGAGACUGAGUAUCCAAAAGCUGGCUGCUUACUUCUAGGAUACGAAGCUUUUAGAACUCUGGUCUUCUAUCAUUCAUAUAAGAAGCGCAGUAAUUAUAAUCCAGAGCGUUUGGAAGAAAUCAAAAUCAGCAUUGAAAAAUAUUUAUUGCAAGCUGGCACCGAUUUGGUUGUGUGUGACGAGGGUCAUAUCAUUAAAAAUAAUAAGUCAGCAACUAGCUUAGCUGUGGCUAAAAUAAUUACACGUAAACGUAUCGUGUUGACAGGAACACCAAUUCAAAAUAACUUGAAAGAAUGUACGGAACUAAACGCAUUACUAAUUUAUCGCCAAUAA